AAAUAAAUUUUUUAUUUUCAAAAAAAUAAUUACAUUUUUUGAAUAUAAAAUAUUAUGUAUCUAUUGUUUGAUUUUAUUUAAAAACUAAAAAUACUAAAUUAAUCGAUUAUCAUUUAACUUCAGUCUGUAGAUAUAUCUCCCAACGUGUGUGCCGGUUUACACAAUUUCGUGGUUAAUUUCAUAUUUUUUCAAUAAUUAAUCGUUAUUCAUAAGUGUUCAUUUGUUUAAUUAUUAAAAAAUUUUUAUUAACAUGGCUCAAAGUAAGUUGAACGAUUUGGCAGGAAAAUUUAGUAAGAAUGGACCAGGAGGUUUAGGAACAGGGAUUAAACUCUUAGCUGUGGCCGGCGCUGCGGCCUAUGGGCUUUCUCAAUCUAUGUUCACAGUUGAAGGAGGACACAGAGCCAUAAUAUUUUCACGACUCGGUGGAAUUCAAAAAGAUAUUUUUACGGAAGGACUACAUUUCCGAAUUCCUUGGUUUCAAUAUCCUAUAAUUUAUGACAUUAGAAGUCGUCCCAGAAAGAUUUCAUCACCCACAGGAUCAAAGGAUCUUCAAAUGGUCAAUAUCUCUCUCAGAGUUCUUUCAAGACCAGAUGCAUUUCAACUUCCUACAAUGUAUCGACAACUUGGACUCGAUUAUGAUGAAAAAGUUCUUCCUAGCAUUUGUAAUGAAGUUCUGAAAUCAGUUGUUGCAAAAUUUAAUGCUUCACAAUUAAUAACAAUGCGACAACAAGUUUCAAUGUUAGUACGAAAAGAAUUGACGGAACGAGCUAAAGAUUUCAAUAUUGUCCUAGAUGAUGUUUCUAUUACUGAAUUAAGUUUUGGAAAAGAAUAUACAGCUGCUGUAGAAGCUAAACAAGUUGCACAACAAGAAGCACAACGAGCAGCUUUUGUUGUUGAACGAGCUGUUCAAGAAAAACAACAGAAGAUUGUUCAGGCUGAGGGAGAAGCUGAAGCUGCUAAAAUGUUGGGGUUAGCUGUUGGUCAAAAUCCCGGAUAUUUAAAAUUACGAAAGUUACGAGCAGCACAAAGUAUUGCACGAACGAUUGCUAAUUCUCAAAACCGUGUUUAUCUUAAUGGAAAUAGCCUAAUGUUGAACAUUCAGGAUCCAUCAUUCGAUGAGUCGACAGAAAAGUUGAAAAGUAAGAAGUAACAGGCGAACUUACGUGGAUAAAGUUUAAGUUGGGUGCACUAUAAAAAUUUCUAUAGCUUUCUGACAUUAAAUUUUGAUAAAAGUAGCUUGUACAAUCUGUUAAUGUCAGGAAUCUUUAAAAGUUGGCAUUUUAUUUGUUAAUGAUUGUAGAUUUCAGCAUCAAUAUUACUAAAACAAAAAUUUUGUUAUUAGAUAGCGAUAAA